AACCGGUACGUGAUUGAGGUUGAUAAGCUUGAUUUUACAUUAUUAUUGUUUUGUUUAUAAAAUGAACAUGGUUAGAUAAGUCAGUAAUUUUUAUUUAAUAUAUUAUCUUUUUACCUAUGUGAAGGAAAUUAACUUAAAAUGAUAAAAAUAUCGGCACUGAAUGACGAGUCUGAGGAAGAAAGUGGUUCUGAAGUGGAAGUAACUAAAGAGGCUCUAGAACAAAUUGCGUUACAACAAUAUGCAAAAGCUCUGGAGUUACAAAGAAAAGGUAAUCUUAGAGAUGCCACACAACUUCUUAAAGAUCUUCUCGAUACUGAGUUGCUGUAUGACGUCAAAAAGCCAGCGCAAGGUGAGAAAAUCACUGGACCAUUAUUCAACUUGAAGUAUUUGUGUUUUAAAAACCUUGCGGCUAUGUUGAGUGCUGCUGAUGAGGUCGACGCAGCUAUAGAUUGUUACUGCUCAGCUUCUGAGUUGGAUGAUACUGACAUCACUCUUUGGUACCGUCUUGGUCAGUUGUGUAUGAAGGCCAAACGCUAUGAAAUGGCUCUGCACUCAUUUCAGCAAGGUGCCAAUUGUAAUCCACGCCAUUGGCCAUGUCUUGACAAAAUUGUUACUUUAUUAUUAGGCUUAGAUUGCAAAGAAGAGUGUAUAUCAACUAUUUAUGACACACUGCAGCUUGAUCCGGGCUAUUUAAGAGGUUUGGCUUAUAGGAAGCACAUAUAUACUGUUUACCCAUACAUAAGAGAGUUUAUGGAAUACCUUAAUCCCAUGUAUAAAUGGGUGGAGAAGGAUGACGAACCAAUUGAUGAUGAGAAAGCACAACAAUUAUUAAAAGAAGCAGAAGAAAUUAAUGAAAUAUAUUUAGAGCAGCAGCGAGCCCAGCAAUUCAAAUAUAUAUUACCAAAUUUAAAAUUAAGGACUCCAAUAACUAGCCUGACAUGGAAGUCUGUUGGAGAGUCACUUGUGGAUAUGCAUCAUUACAUGACAGAGAAUUGCUAUAGUCAUGCUUGUCAUAUUGAAAUUAUUUUUGAGAAAGAAGAAAAAGAGGAACCAAUGGAGGUUUGUGAAGAAUCUAAAGAAAUUGAACCAUUGGAUACUAAACCAGAAGAAAAUAAUACAGAUAAUGAAAAAAAUAUUGAGAAUGUAUCAGAAAAUGAGAAUAAUGAUUUAUCUGAUAAAGAUAAAGCUACAACUGAUACUGAAAAAGUUGAGAGUGAUGUAGAAUUGAUAUCAACAGAAAUAGCAACUGAUGCCCAGCCAGAACCAAAAGCACAAAAAAAAGCACCAGUAAGAAGACGUGGCAGCGAUUUAAGCUUUUUACAACAAUGGGAAUGGUGCAAUAAGCGCCGUUCUGGUCGAAAGAAAACUGCUAACAGGCAGGACCAACUUAACGAUAAUAUCUAUGAUACUCUACGAAGAAUGGUGCCUGUCUCUUUAGCUCCAGAUAUUGUUAAAAAAAAAGAGAACCAGGAAAACAAAUCUAUUGAUAUGUCAGAUUUAGAUAAACUUUUUGAGGGCAAAGUAAACAGUGGUCAAAAAGAAAAUGAGAAAUAUUUUAACACAGACAAUGAACAAAAAGAUGUAAAGCAGUUUAUUACUAAGUACACAGAGAACAAAAAAGAUAUCAUUGAUAUAUUAAAGGAUUACUUACUUAUCUUAGCCAAGAAAUGGAGAGCAAUAUGGCCUGAAGAAUUGUCUAAAAUUUUCAUCGAAGCUAAUAAAUGUUAUAAUAACCAUAUUGACAUUCCGUCAUGCACAGAUGAGAAUAACCAUGAAGAUUCAAUAAAUUAUACAGUAAUUAAUAUACUGGUAGAAGAGUUUUCUGUCAAUGAAAAACUAAUUUCAACUACAGUGGAAAAGCAGUCACAUGAUUUAAGUGUAAUUGAAACAAUAGGAAUAGGUUUAAAUAUGAAACCACAUAUUUACUCUGGAACUGAUUGUUUGGAAUUAAUGCUAAGGUAUCUUUGGGUGAAACUACAUAUACACAUUUUGAAUAAAUGUGAGGAAUUUGCUUUAGAUUGCCUGUAUCAACUAUUAUAUGAGUUUGAAGCUAUGGAAGACCACCAUGACACCUACAAUUUAAAUGUUGUUAAUUUUACAUUUAAACCAAUCAUAAAUGAAAGUGAGGUGUUAGAAUCCAUUAAAUUUUUUGAAAGAAAUAAAAAGUUAGCAACAGUCAUGGACCUAUAUGACAGAGGUUGCUAUGAAGAAGUGUUGACAAUUAUUUUAGAUUCUUUUGAACACUGUAAGGAUAUUGCUAGAAAUCAAGAGGAUGACAUGUCUUUAGACUUUGCAGUGCAGUUGUCCCUUAUAUUAGAUGCAUAUUGGGCUUUAAACAAAGUUGAUGAAUGUUUCAAGUGGUCUUUAAUAUGUUUGCAUGAGGCAUUAAAACAUUAUUUUAGGUACACUACAGGAUCAACAGAUUAUGAAAAGUGGACUCUAGCUGUUGUCAAAAUACUUUGUAGUAUGGAUCAUAUACUGACUACAGAAGGUCUGUCUUGUUUAGAUGCAGUUUCUCAAAAAGAACUUAGUCAGGGUCUUGAUGAUCUUAUUAGAAUAAUUGGUCAUCAAGUUGAAACUAAUGCAACAGAAAUGCCUUUUGGUUCUGUAGUUCCUUGGAUUGUGAUGCACUACAUAUUACAGCGAGAAGAAGAUCAAGGAAGAGGAAGAACUCAUAAUGACAAAGAAAAGGUAUCUUGUGAUGAAAUUCCUAAUUCGUUGAUGUUAUUGUUCAUAGCACAUGAACAGUUAGGUGAAAAGGGUUGGUGUUGCAAAUCAGACGGGAAACUUCUCUAUUUCAUUCUUGAUACAGUUGUUCCUAGAUUGCGCUCACCCUCUUUGUCCAAGUCUUUGGAACAGAUCUGUCAAUAUAUGGAACAAUGUGUUUAUUGUCUAUUUGGCCAUCCUGCAAAGAAACCCAAAGUAAAAUAUUUAAUUGAUCACAAAAUUACACCACAUUCAUUAGAUUGGAAGAGAGCUCAACAGCUGUAUGAGAUUUUUAGACCACCUAUUCUUCCAGCUUUAGAAGGUAAAAUAACGGGUAUUACAACUGAAAUUGAGCAAUUAUUCCAUCGUAUCUUAGCCUUGCUACCUCCUGAAUGCGACCCGCAGAAAUAUGUACACGAAAUGAAAAAAUAUAUUAAAGGCGUUGAAGAUAAACUACCAACAGUGCCACCACUUUUACCUUAUAAAAUGAAAGAUAUUUAUUUCCUUCUUGGUGAUUAUUAUUUCAAAAAGGAAGAGGGAAAUUUGUCAGUCAAAUUUAAUAUGCUUGAUAUAACAAUAAAUAACGACCGUCUUGAAUCUUGGGCCGAAAUAUCGUUAGCUAAGGCAGUUAAUCUAGAGAGAAUAUUGAAUUCUUGCAAGAAUUUUAAUAAUGAAAGAGAAUUCUUGAAUCCUGCUAAAUCAAUUAUAAGAUGUUUCAAAAGAUCGCUGGAAUUGGAUCCUACACAUUGUAAUAUGUGGAUUGAGUAUGGAAUAUUUGUGUAUACGGUUCAUUCUUUUUGUUCAAGACUUUUAAAACAAGCUAGUGAAUCGCUUAGUAUGGAAGAUUUUGAAUCCUUAGAAAAACAAAAAGAGAAUAUGUUAGAUACCACACAAAAAUGUUUUAUCACUGUUCUUAGUGAUCUUAACAGUAGCAGUGACACAGAAAAAGCAAAUGAGGACUCUUGGCUUCACUAUUAUAUGCUGGGAAAAGUAGCUGAAAAAAGGAAUAAACCUCCAUCUGUUUACCUUGAUUAUUACAUGAAAGGCGUUAAAAGUUUACAAGAGACUGAUGCAACUUAUCCAAUGAAAAUUAAUUACAGUUCACCAACAAACCUUUGUAUCGAAGUAUUAGAACUGCAUUAUAGAAUUCAUGCGUCUAUUCUAAAAUAUAUAGAACAACAUGAGAAUAAAUCUAUUCCUUCAUCUGUGGGAAAAGUAUUCACAGCCUGUAUAGAAGAAUGGAAAAAAGGACCGUUUUCAAAAAAAUCAAAAAAAGAUACUGGCAAUGAAACAGAUACUGAAGCAAAACCGGAACCAGUUCAAGCGGCUAAUAUACUUAAACGCUCAGUGAGUGACGCAGGUGAAGAGGAAACUAUGGAAGUGAAGCGACAAAAGUUAGAAUCUGCUGCGGCGAAAGUUCGAAGGUCAGCAUCUUAUGAUACAGAACGAAUUGCUUCUAAAGAACCACCAGUUACUAACGCUGAGACUGUAGUAUUUGUUCAAUCAGAUAAAGCUUCUGAAGUUGUAGCAGUGGGAGAAAUAAACCGAGAUGCUGAAAAAGUAACAGAUGAAUUGAAAAAUAUUUCUGAAGUAAAAAAGCCAGACGAUAACUCUGAUAAUAUAAAAACCACAAUAGAAAAUAAAAAAGAGAGUGAUACAGAGAGAAAAGAGGAAUCAUCAAGUACUACAUCAACAUCGUCGUCUUCAGAUUCUAGUUCUAGUUGUUCUUCUACUGACAGUAGCAGUGAUUCUAGUCGGGAUAGUGAUACUUCCACUAAAUCAUCUGGUGAUUCCAAACCAUUGACUGACGAGGAAAUCAUGACAAUAGUGGGAGCUUGUUUAGAUGCUUUAGAAGAUUGUGCGAGUAGAUUCCCGCCUCAUUACAAGGCAAUAUACAGGUUAGCCCAUUAUCACUUUUAUUAUAAGAAGGGUAAAGAUAUCGAAAGGUGUAGAGAUCUUAUGCUGUCGACCUUUACAUCCAGGUCAGGACAGAAAUUAGGAGGUUUAUUUAGUGAACGAAAAGCUGCAAAUUUUUUCAAUAAUAUAUGGAAAAUUCCAUUAAAUGAAGUAGACAGAGGCGGUGGAUUCGCAUUUCACAUGAGUCGAUCGGUUCAGUUGACAAUGGAAAUUCUAAAAGAAAUAGAUGAUCAUAAAACAUUGCUCGAUUUAAGUAUGCAGUUACAGAGAACACCAGAACUCGAUAAGAAAUACUUAAGAGACUCGGAUAGGGAAGAACUAGCGCACCAAGCAUUUUCUCUUUGUGUACAAUCACUGAAAGGGCAACUCACGAAGUUUAGCCAACAAGCCGACCUGAAAAGUAAUGAUGUGGAGAAACAAGCACUAAAAAGUUUAACUCUAGAUAUUUACAGAGCAUAUAUGAAAGCGCAGAAGCAACCCAAUUCUAAACAGUUUACAAAUUUACUUGUUGAAGCUUACAAAUUGAUUUGUCCAACCCCAAUAAUAGAAAACAUGAAUCUUGUAGAUCUCAGUAUGAAGUACUGCCAGUCGCUUAUACAAACUUUAAAACAGCAAGCAACUCUUGCUAGCUUAGAUAAAAGCCAGAAUGCACAAAAGAAACAAACAGCUAAAGCAGCUGAAAGUGUCAAAUUGGCAUCUACAAUACCUAAUCCGCCGAAAGUGCAGCCGGAGGCAAAGGCUCCGGUAACUUCAGCGACGGGGCCUGGAUUACCGAAAAUGUCUCCUCAAGAAAUGGCAGCAGCUUUCCAGAGUUACUUGCCGAUGUUGAACGAUUCACUAAGUCAACGGACUGCUGCUGCGUUAUCUUAUUUGAACAAUAUUAGCGCUUUAGCUAGCUAUACGUCUUUGCAAAAUCCAUUGCAAACAACUUUACAGAACACUCUUCAGAAUACGUUUCAAGCAGAAUUUUACCGUCAGUAUAUCGGCCAAAAUUACUCAUCGACGUACUUGCCACCCACAAAGAAACAGAAGCGAGGACCAAAACCUUCUAACACUCGUCCGACAGCUUUUAAUACCGCUCAAAUAAAGAGCACAAAAUCACCUAGCACUUCUAUAACCACGGUCGCGAAGGUUACGCCUUCUUCAGCAUCUAAUUUACAGAAGUCUUCGUCGGUAUCAUUAGCCCCUAGCAUGGGCACAGUGUUGCCAACUUUGCCCGCCUCUAUGACGGUUAACUUAUCCACUUACAGCGCAUCCUCUCAUUCAACUUCGCUUUCGUAUACCAACGUGCAUAGUUCGGUACCGGCUCAAGCCCAUAUGUCUAGUGCUUCUACUGUGAACUCUGCGAUUCAUACAAAACCUCCAAUGCCAUUACAGCAAGUGAGUCCAGGUAAAACGCUCCAGGAAAAAUUGGCGGAACGUCAGAAAAAUAUGCCAAAAACGGUACAUUCGCAUGAAAUAAACGCAUCUAUUAGCAAGCUGCCAUCGUCUGUAACGGUAACAAAGACUUCCGUUUCUAAACAGGUGGUUAUUCAAGGCAAAAAACCUGAAGUUAAAAAAGCGCUUCCAUUUAGUGGAGAUAAUCGGCCAAAACCAAUUGCAUCUGACGAGGUCAUAGUAUUAGACGAUGAUUAGACUGCUAGUAUAGGAUUAAAUUUGAUGAUAGGAUUAAUUAUGAUUAUUUAAAUAUAAUUUUAUGUAGAAUGUGUAUUAUUAUAAUAAUAACGUCGUAAAUUAAUAAUA